UGCUGCGCCACAGACCACUUCCGCGUUUUGGGAGGAAGCUGCUCGCUUCCUGUUUGUAAAUGAAAGAGAAAGAGAGUCACCAUCUUAGCAAGAAACACGAAUAAGAUUCCAGGAUGAUAUAAAGAUAUCUGACAUUGCAAGUGUCCUGAUGGAGAGAGCAGACUCACCUGCACCCAGCUGUGUUUCCAUGAAGAGUGACAGGUCAAUGCAGCCCCCACUCAAAUUCAGUGAGGGACCUUUUCCUACAGAUCAGAGUGUCCUGAUGGAGAGAGCAGGCUCACCUGCACCCAGCUGUGUUUCCAUGAAGAGUGACAGGUCAAUGCAGCCCCCACUCAAAUUCAGUGAGGGACCUUUUCCUACAGAUCAGAGUGUCCUGAUGGAGAGAGCAGGCUCACCUGCACCCAGCCGUGUUUCCAUGAAGAGUGACAGGUCAAUGGAGCCCCCACCCAGAUUCAGUGAGGGACCUUUAUCUACAGAUCAGAGUGUCCUGAUGGAGAGAGCAGGCUCACCUGCACCCAGCCGUGUUUCCAUGAAGAGUGACAGGUCAAUGGAGCCCCCACCCAGAUUCAGUGAGGGACCUUUAUCUACAGAUCAGAGAGACCAAAUGGAAGGAUGCAGAUCAGAUCUACAGGAGAAACCGGGUUUCUCUUCCAUAUUGAAGUCACUAGAGGAAAAUGCUGUGAGGUUCCUGAAGGACGAGCUGAAGAAGAUCACGAGGUACCUAGAUCAGAAUUACCCAGAAUGCUCUGAGCCCCAGCUGGAGGAGGACAAUGACCUGGACAGUGAUGGUCAGAUGCAGAAGAUCUGUGGUAGAGAUGGAGCUCUGAAUAUCACACUGUACAUCCUGAGGAUCAUGGAGCAAAAUGAUCUCGCUGACCUACUGGAGAAGAGGCAUCUUCUGUCACAAUGUCAGCGCGGAAUCAAAGGGAACCUGAAGCAGAAAUUUGAGCGUGUGUUUGAAGGGAAAGCUAAGGGAGGACAGCCAACACUCCUCAGUGAGAUUUACACAGAACUCUACAUAACUGAAGGUGGGACUGGAGCAGUCAAUGAUGAACAUGAAGUGAGACAGAUUGAAACAGCAUCCAAGAAAAGGCGAACAGAAGAUUCUACAGUCAACUGCAAUGAUAUAUUUAACCCCUUAUGUGGGUGUAAGACACCUAUCAGAACUGUACUCAGUAAAGGGGUGGCAGGUAUCGGGAAAACAGUCUCUGUGCAGAAAUUUACUCUUGACUGGGCAGAAGGAAAAGCAAACCAGGAUGUUCACUUCAUAUUUGCUCUUCCUUUCCGGGACCUGAAUUUGAUUAAGAAGGAAUACAGUCUGAUUGAACUGCUUCAACACUUUGUCCCUGAUCUCAAAUCAGUUGAAUCUUCUGAGCUUUUUAGGUACAAAGUCUUAUUCAUCUUUGAUGGUCUGGAUGAGUGUUGCCUGCCUCUAGAUUUUCAGAACAAUGAGAGCUGGUGUGAUGUAACAAAGAAAACAUCACUGGAUGUGCUGUUGACUAACCUCAUUAAGGGGAAUCUGCUCCCAUCCGCUCUCCUCUGGAUAACCUCCCGGCCAGCAGCAGCCAAUCAGAUACCUCCUGAGUGUGUCCACCGGGUGACAGAGAUACGAGGGUUCAGUGAUGCCCAGAAGGAGGAAUAUUUCAGGAGGAGAUUCAGUGAUGAGAGCCUGUCCAGCAGGAUUAUCACACAUGUGAAAUCAUCACGGAGCCUCUUCAUCAUGUGCCACAUACCUGUGUUCUGCUGGAUUUCAGCCACUGUCCUUGAGAAGCUUUUUACUGAAACUGACAGGGGAGAAAUUCCAAGCACUCUGACUGAAAUGUACACACACUUCCUGAUCUUUCAGACAGGUUUAAAAAAUGACAAGUACAUGAAAAAAAGUGAAACCAAGCUUAAUAACUGCUUUGAAUCUAGUAAGAAAUCCCUGAUAAAACUUGGUAAGCUGGCUUUUGACAACCUUGAGAAAGGCAAUCUCAUAUUUUAUGAGGAAAAUCUGAUAGAGAAUGACCUUGAUGUCAGUGAAGCUUCAGUUUACUCUGGAUUGUGCACAGACAUCUUUAAAGAGGAAUAUGGGCUGUAUCAGGAGAAGGUGUACUGCUUUGUGCAUCUGAGCAUCCAGGAGUAUCUCGCUGCUUUAUAUGCGUUUCUGUCAAACUCAUCAGAUGACCUGCUGAAGACUGCAGUGGAUCAGGCAUUAGAGAGCAAGAAUGGACACUUGGACCUCUACCUCCGCUUCCUCCUGGGCCUCUCAACAGACUCCAGUAAGACUCUGUUACAAAGACUACUGGGACAGACAGAAACCAUCUCACAUAAGACUUUAAUAACAUCCUUAAAAUGCCUACUGGGAAAGACAAGAACCAGCUCACAUAACAUUACAGAAACAGCUCAAUACAUCAAGGAGAAAAUACAGGAGAAUUUAUCUCCAGAAAGGACCAUCAACCUCUUCCACUGUCUUAAUGAGCUGGGUGACAACUCUCUAGUAGAGGAAGUACAAAGAUACCUGAAUUCAGGACGUCUUUCAGCAGAAGACCUCUCACCUGCACAGUACUCGGCUCUGGCCUUUGUGAUGCUGAUGUCAGAUAAGGAGCUGGAUGUGUUUGAUCUGAAGAAAUUCAUCAGAUCAGAUGAGGAGCAUUGGAGGCUGCUGCCUGUGGUCAAGACAUCUAGGAGAGCUCUGUUGGACAACUGUAAUCUCACAGAGAAAUGCUGUGAGGUGCUGGCUGCAGCUCUGAGGUCAAACUCCUCACACCUGAGAGAGCUGGACCUGAGUGACAAUGACCUGCAGGAUUCAGGAGUGAAGCUGCUCUCUGCUGGACUGGAGGAUCCCAGCUGUAAACUGGAGAUACUGAGGCUGUCAGGCUGUAGAGUCACAGAAGAAGGCUGUUCUUCCCUGGCUUCAGCUCUGAGGUCAAAUCCAUCACACCUGAGAGAGCUGGACCUGAGCUACAACCACCCAGAAGACUCAGGAGUGAAGCUGCUCUCUGCUGUACUGGAGGAUCCCAGCUGUAAACUGGAGAUUCUGAGGCUAUCAGGCUGUAGAGUCACAGAAGAAGGCUGUUCUUCCCUGGCUUCAGCUCUGAGGUCAAACCCCUCACACCUGAGAGAGCUGGACCUGAGCUACAACCACCCAGGAGACUCAGGAGUGAAGCUGCUCUCUGCUGUACUGGAGGAUCCCAGCUGUAAACUGGAGAAACUGAAGGUGGACCGGUGUGAACUCACAGAGAAAUGCUGUGAGGUUCUGGCUUCAGCUCUCAGAUCAAACUCCUCAACCCUGAGAGAGCUGGACCUGAGUGACAAUGAUCUGCAGGAUUCAGGAGUGAAGCUGCUCUCUGCUGGACUGGGGGAUUCACACUGUACAAUGGAGAUACUGAGGCUAUCAGGCUGUAGAGUCACAGAAGAAGGCUGUUCUUCCCUGGCUUCAGCUCUGAGGUCAAAUCCCUCACACCUGAGAGAGUUGGACCUGAGCUACAAUCACCCAGGAGACUCAGGAGUGAAGCUGCUCUCUGCUGUACUGGAGGAUCCCAGCUGUAAACUGGAGAUACUGAGGCUAUCAGGCUGUAGAGUCACAGAAGAAGGCUGUUCUUCCCUGGCUUCAGCUCUGAGGUCAAAUCCCUCACACCUGAGAGAGCUGGACCUGAGCUACAAUCACCCAGGAGACUCAGGAGUGAAGCUGCUCUCUGCUGUACUGGAGGAUCCCAGCUGUAAACUGGAGAUACUGAGGCUGUCAUUCUGUAGAGUCACAGAAGAAGGCUGUUCUUCCCUGGCUUCAGCUCUGAGGUCAAAUCCAUCACACCUGAGAGAGCUGGACCUGAGCUACAACCACCCAGGAGACUCAGGAGUGAAGCUGCUCUCUGCUGUACUGGAGGAUCCCAGCUGUAAACUGGAGAAACUGAAGGUGGACCGGUGUGAACUCACAGAGGAAUGCUGUGAGGUGCUGGCUUCAGCUCUCAGAUCAAACUCCUCACCCCUGAAAGAGCUGGACCUGAGUAACAAUGAUCUGCAGGAUUCAGGAGUGAAGCUGCUCUCUGCUGGACUGGGGGAUUCACACUGUACACUGGAGAUACUGAGGGUGAAAUGGUGUGAUCUCACAGAGGAAUGCUGUGAGUUGCUGGCUUCAGCUCUCAGAUCAAACCCCUCACACCUGAGAGAGCUGGACCUGAGUGACAAUGAUCUGCAGGAUUCAGGAGUGAAGCUGCUCUCUGCUGGACUGGGGGAUUCACACUGUAAACUGGAGAUACUGAGGCUGUCAGGCUGUAGAGUCACAGAAGAAGGCUGUUCUUCCCUGGCUUCAGUUCUGAGGUCAAACCCCUCACACCUGAGAGAGCUGGAUCUGAGCUACAACCACCCAGGAGAAUCAGGAGUGAAGCUGCUCUCUGCUGGACUGGGGGAUCCCAGCUGUAAACUGGAGAAGCUGAAGGUGGACCGGUGUGAACUCACAGAGAAAUGCUGUGUGGUGCUGGCUUCAGCUCUCAGAUCAAACUCCUCACACCUGAGAGAACUGGACCUGAGUGACAAUGACCUGCAGGAUUCAGGAGUGAAGCUACUCUCUGCUGGACUGAGGGAUUCACACUGUAAACUGGAGAUACUGAGGUUGUCAGGCUGUAGAGUCACAGAAGAAGGCUGUUCUUCCCUGGCUUCAGCUCUGAGGUCAAACUCCUCACACCUGAGAGAGCUGGACCUGAGUGACAAUGACCUGCAGGAUUCAGGAGUGAAGCUGCUCUCUGCUGGACUGGAGGAUCCCAGCUGUAAACUGGAGAUACUGAGGCUGUCAUUCUGUAGAGUCACAGAAGAAGGCUGUUCUUCCCUGGCUUCAGCUCUGAGGUCAAACCCCUCACACCUGAGAGAGCUGGACCUGAGCUACAAUCACCCAGGAGACUCAGGAGUGAAGCUGCUCUCUGCUGUACUGGAGGAUCCCAGCUGUAAACUGGAGAAACUGAAGGUGGACCGGUGUGAACUCACAGAGAAAUGCUGUGAGGUUCUGGCUUCAGCUCUCAGAUCAAACUCCUCAACCCUGAGAGAGCUGGACCUGAGUGACAAUGAUCUGCAGGAUUCAGGAGUGAAGCUGCUCUCUGCUGGACUGGGGGAUUCACACUGUACAAUGGAGAUACUGAGGCUAUCAGGCUGUAGAGUCACAGAAGAAGGCUGUUCUUCCCUGGCUUCAGCUCUGAGGUCAAAUCCCUCACACCUGAGAGAGCUGGACCUGAGCUACAACCACCCAGGAGACUCAGGAGUGAAGCUGCUCUCUGCUGUACUGGAGGAUCCCAGCUGCAAACUGGAGAAGCUGAAUGUGGAUCACGGUGGAGAGUGCAGGACCAGACCAGGCUUUCAGAAAUACUCCUGCCAGCUGACGCUGGACCCCAACACAGCAAACAGACGCCUGUCUCUGUCAGGGGGGAACAAGAAGGUGACAUGGGGGGGAGAGCAGCCAUAUCCUGAUCAUCCAGAGAGAUUUGAUCGCUGGCCCCAAGUUCUGUGCAGAGAGAGUCUGACUGGCCGCAGUUACUGGGAGGCUGAGUGGGGUGGAGCUGGAGCCUGGAUAGGAGUCACUUAUAAAGGGAUCGGGAGGAAAGGAGGGAGGGACUGUGUGCUUGGAUUCAAUGACAAGUCAUGGAGUCUGAGCUGUGAUCCUGACAGAUACUCUGUCUGGCACAAUAAUAAACAGACUCACAUACCCAUACAGCCCUCAGGCUCCUGCAGAGUAGGAGUGUAUCUGGACUGGGGGGCUGGUGCUCUGUCCUUCUACAGAGUCUCCUCUGAUGGACUGACCCCCCUGUACAGAUUCACCUCCUCAUUCACUGAGUCCCUCUAUCCAGGAUUUUGGGUUAAUAUAAACUCCUCAGUGUUACUGUGACCUGUUGCUGGUUCUCCUGGCAAAAAGGUCAAAUCUCUGCUUUUUAACCUUUAUAAUCCUUUUUACUCUGAAAUGUAUGUUUGACAAAAAUAAGUUUUUCUCUCUGACUAAAAUGUAACUAAAUGUAAUCCUGAUUGGGGGGGGCUUUCCCCCUCCCCUGUAUAUGUACAUUUUAUAUAUUUAUACCUGUUUACUGUAUCUCCUCCCUUUACAAUGACAAUAAAGUCUUUCUGUUCUGUCCUA